GUUCUACCACCCAAAUGAGUGCAUCACCUCUUCAUGGCCACCGCCUGCUGGGACGUCGACUACGAUACCAUCUUGCAGGAGGUCUGCCUCGCCCCAUUCAAGGUGAACAUGGAGGCCAUCGGUAGGACGCUGUGGUGUGACUGGGGCAAGACCAUCGAGAGCUACGAAGAGCUCAGAAACUGCACCAUGUACGUGAUGCAAAGGCUGAACUGCUACUGGCCAAACGCCGUGGUGAACAAGUUUUUCAUCACCGUCCACCAGCACUACUUCAGAAGCUGCCCUGUCUCAGGCCGGGCCAUGCAGGACCCGCCCCUCAGCAUCCUCUGCCCCUUCAUUGUGGUGCCCAUCCUGAUGACCCUGCUCAUGACUGGGCUGGUGGUCUGGAAAAGCCAGCUCACCGAGGGCAUCGUGUAGGCCGCAGCCUGGUAACUGCCCCCCACGCUGAGGCUGUGGGCAGGCAGGGAGGCCGGGGAGCUCUGGGCCUGGCCUGGGAAUGGCUUCCUGGCCCUGACGUCAGAGCAGGCCCCAAGCCCCCUCGUCCCACCUGAGAUCGGCUAACAGGAUUUCGGAGCGGCGGUGGUGCAGGCAUUAACCUGGACGCCCCCAGCUGGAGGUGAAGGCCACCCUAGGAAGGGGGCUGGUGCUAGGAGGGAGCAGAACAUAACGGUCAUUAUUUCUGGGGAGUCUCUGAUGUGUUUGCUCUCACCUCUAGCCAGUCUGUGGAUGAGAAGAUUGUGAUUAAAAGGAUGUCCUUGAA